UCUCCCAAAUCGUUUCAAUUUCGUGUUACUAAAAUCGAAAAUUCUUAAAUUUCUGCGUAUAACUCCGUGAAAAGUGCGAAAUUACAUUGAAAACGUGGCCAAGAUGCCCCUCUUCGAUUCCGUACUGCAGGAAAAGCCGGCCAUCGUGCUGGAAAUGGGUCAUGCCCUAACCAAACUCGGUUACGCCGGUGAGCCCCACCCCCGCAGCAUCAUCCCGUCGGAGGUGCUGGACCACAAGGCGAAGAGUGCCAACCGGACAACCCCGAACAGGAAGCUGUUCGAUUACGCCAACGAGUCCGAGCUGUACGACCAGCUGGUGGAGUUUCUGAAGAUGAUCUUCUUCAAGUACGUGCUGGUCAGUCCGAAAGAGCGCAAGAUUGUGAUCGUGGAGUCGGUGCUCUGCCCGACGCAGAUCCGGGAGAAUCUGGCCAAGGCGCUGUUUUGCCACUUUGACGUUUCGUCGAUCUACUACGUUCCGUUGCAUCUGGUGGUGCUUUCGACGCUGGCCGUGGACACCGCCCUGGUGGUGGACGUUGGGUACAAGGAGGCGAGUGUCGUUCCGGUUUACAGCGGAGUUCAAGCGGUGUUUGCGUUUGAAGCGCAGAAUUUGGCGGCGGAAGCGAUUCAUGAGUACAUCAAGGGCGAGUUGAUUUUGAACGGGGUUGAGGAACAUCUGCUGACAGAUUACGUCGUGGAGGACAUUAAGGUGCGGACGUGCUUCGUGACUACGAGGGAACGUGCCUGCAAGUGGCGCAGCGAGGAAAAGUUUGAAACCUGCCCCGAUGUGGACUACCCGAUUAAGGGAGAUGAAAUCAUUAAAAUUCCUGGAAUUUUGCGGGAAACCGCGUUUGAAGUACUGUUUCCCGAGGAUAACGACCACCUCAACUUGGCAAACAUCAUCCUGAAUUCGAUCUUGAAAUGCCCCAAGGACAUGCGGAAAGCGCUCGCUGAAAACCUGGUUCUCGUGGGCGGUACCACAAUGGUCCUAGGUCUGGCAGCGCGUCUCAAGCAGGAACUGGCGGCGCUUCUGCAAUCGGACCAGUAUCGGGAAAAGCUCUUCAUCAAGACGUUCAAGUUCCACAAACCACCGGCGAAGGCCAACUUUACCGCCUGGCUGGGAGGAUCGAUCUACGGUGCGACGGAUCUGGUGCUCACCAAGUCGAUUGCCCGCGAGGCGUACAGCAAGAACCAGCAGCUGCCCGACUUUACCAACUACGAUGAGACGCGAUCGCACGGUAGGAUUUAGGAGGAAGUGGUUUAAAUUAUUUAUUCGAGUACUCACAGUGAACUAUAUUGUAAUUUGCACUACCUAUUUUUAUUUAAAACUAAUAAAUUAUGCUUCGAAACAA